AUGUUUUCAUCACAUAGACUUGAUGCAAGCCAGGGUCUUCGUCAAGAAAAAUUGCAGAAAUUGCAUGACUACGUGAAUGAUUGCUGCAGUAAUGAGCAAGUAGUUGAUAUUGGUGAUGCUGUGUUUAUCACAUCGCUUAAUCUUAUGUCAGCCACUCUUUUCUCCACUGAUUUUGCUCAAUUUAAUUCCAAAUCUUCUCAAGAAACAAAAGAAGUUGUCCGGGGUUUGAUGACAGUUGGAGCAGUUCCUAAUCUUGCAGAUUUCUUCCCUGUUCUGAAGUUCAUCGAUCCACAAGGCCUUUUGCGUGAAACCAAGAGUUACCUUAGAAAAGUAUUUGUAAUAUUUGAUGAUUUGAUCAAUCAACGGUUGAAGUCAAGAGGUGAAUCACUGGAUCAUUCGGUGAAAAGUGAUUUACUAGAAGCGAUCCUCAACCAUAACCAGACAAACCAAACCGAAUUAACCUUUGAUGUACUAAAGCAUCUACUUCUGGAUUUAUUCAUUGCAGGGACAGACACUACUUCUAGCACGAAAAAAUCUUCCCUAAAUUCUGGUGGUGGACAUGAUGAUUCUUCUUCCUAUAUUCGAAACAAAGGGAAGGGAACUGCCGAAAGCAGUGGGUCUUUUAUACCGAAGCUAACAAAGCUAGAUUUGCCACGGUAUAAUGAGCUGGAGGAUCCGACUGGAUGGAUAUGCAGAGCUGCGAGAAGGACAAAAUGCCUAUGGCAGGGUAUCAUUCGGAAGGAGAUGUUCAACUAUGGUACCAACGAUUUAGGCAAGGGGUCAGAGCCAAUUAACAGUCUCUAA